UUUCUGACGGUCGUAUUUCUACAACGCACAGCCGGAAGUUUCUAUCCGUGGGUUUGCAGAGCUUGAUAAAUUGAGGGGUGGGUUGCCGCUGGAGUUCCCAGGCGUGAUGGCUACGGGCGCGGAUGUACGGGACAUUCUAGAACUUGGUGGUCCAGAGGGAGAUGCAGCUUCUGGGACCAUCAGCAAGAAGGAUAUUAUCAACCCGGACAAGAAAAAGUCCAAGAAAUCCUCGGAGACACUGACCUUCAAGAGGCCUGAGGGCAUGCAUCGGGAGGUCUAUGCUUUGCUUUACUCAGACAAGAAGGAUGCACCCCCACUACUACCCAGCGAUACUGGUCAGGGGUAUCGUACCGUGAAGGCUAAAUUGGGGUCCAAGAAGGUUCGGCCUUGGAAGUGGAUGCCAUUUACCAACCCAGCUCGAAAGGAUGGUGCUAUGUUUUUCCACUGGCGACGAGCAGCAGAGGAGGGCAAAGACUACCCUUUUGCCAGGUUCAAUAAGGUGAGCUGCUGACAGACACAAGCCAAGCCCAUCUGAGCCACUUGAAUGAAUUUUCUAGUCUCCCAGGGUUGACUCUAGAAUGUGCUCAGUCCCAGCCAUGGUUACCCACUCAGUCCUAGGUCAGGUGCUGUGGACUGACUCUUCUGCCCACUGGACUCUUUCCUUCCCUGGAUCUACUGUGGGUUUUAGUGGCUUCCCCUGGCUCUUCACGUUGCUGCUCCUCAGAGCUGUGUCCAGGUGCUUUUCUCCUCUGUAUGUUUCUAUUGUUCUCAUUUAACGCCGCUGCUUCAGUUACUCUUCGCAGGCUCCUGACCCCAGCCCACAGGUUCUGAUUUGCUAGCAUCCCUUUCUGAGUGUCCCACAGGUAGCUCCCAUCAGUGGUACCCUCGAACAGAACAGAAUGAAAUCCUCCCUC